CGUUCUAUACUAGGAUUGAUAAAUAUUUUGUUACAGUUUUUAAUGAUCAGUGUAUGGAAAAUCAAUACUAGAUAAGACAAAACUCAAAACUACAAAUCGCAAAAGUUAACAAAAGAACGCCUGCAUAAUAUACUAUCGGAUUAACGAUCUGACUCUACAAACAAUUAUUAUUAUAUUUGAAAAUGUUAACUCGUAUAUAGCAUGUGUAUAUAAUAAAACAAGAGUGCGUGCCCCUUACAUUUACAUUUAUAGUAUGCACACAUUACCCGGGACAAUGAAAAACGGAUGAGAAUUGUGACAACUAAGCAUAAAUAUUGUUAUUAUUAAAUAUAUAACUAUUUUUUUGUUCAAAAAUGAUUUGCCACAAUGGAAGUUUAUUAUUUUCAAUCGCCGUCCUCUUGAACGUGGUACGCGUGAACUUUGCUCGGACGGACUGCGCUCAAAAGCAGUACGCGGACUUUGAAGAUAUCAGCUCAAGCCACGGGAAAGUCUACUGUGGGUUCGGAUACCACGAGUGCGGUAACAAUGGCAACGCGUGUUGUAGCAACGUAAAUAUUUACACCAUCCAGCUGGUUCUGAUAAUUCUCGGCCCAUCUACCCUCGUGGUCGCUGUUACAUUCUUGAUUGUUAUCCUGACAAAGUUCAAAGCGAGGCUUUCCAAGGACCCGACGCAUCCUUCGCCGGCGAACUCUUCAUAAGUGCAUCAAACGUCAGAAAACUAUCCACAUGUGAAUACCAGUUAUGCGUGACUAUAUAGCUUGGAUAGAGAUAAUGGAUGUUACCGAAUUUACUGGAGGAAAACAUAAGAAGGCAGCCAACCUGGUAGAAACAAGCACCCUAUGAAAGACAAAGUGGAUCGAUUUGUGAUGCGCCGGUGUUUGUAAAAAGUGAUGCGUUUCGGUUCAUGUACAUACAAUUGUCAUUUUCAUUGUACGACGUGAUAAUAACAUGUUUUGCAUACACAAUUUGUUCACAUUAUAUGUCAAGAAAAUUAUGUGUUUUAUUAACGAAGCGCUUAACAUUUUAUUAUAAGUUUAAAGUUAAAGUCCAUAUUUAACAUGUACACGUAAAAGAAAAAUUCAGUUGAUAAUAGAAAACCAGAAAUAAAUAUAUUUCAUAAUUAAAAAUACAUCUCGUAAAAUGCCCUGAUUUAACAAAAAAUACGGUAAAAUCAAUUGUUAGUGAAAUAUUAAUUUCGAUUACUUUGCGGUCUUAUCUACGAAUUCAACACACGAGUAUAUCAUACAAUGACGGACGCCAAUCUCCCAUUUUGUCCAA